AUGCGACCUGUAAUCACACUUCUCUACACAACAACAGUGCUGAGCACAUUCGGUCAAGCCCUCAGUCUGUGGGGUCAAUCUAAGCCACUGGGUCUGCAGAAGAAGGCUAGCAUCUGGGGUCUUCCUGACUGUGCCAGCACCUGUGUGACAUCCAGUUUUGGCGGCUGUAACUCCAUCGAUGUUGAAUGUAUCUGCAAAAACUCUGCCUUCCUCGACAAUCUCGGCUGCUGCAUGUCCAAGGCUUGCAACAAAGCAGAUCAAGAUGCUGCCAUCGGCUUUGCCAACAACUUCUGCUCUGCCUACAAAGUUAGCAACUUACCCACCGCUGCGACCUGCAAGUCUACCGACCCGGCCUCUACUACAAAGGAGGGCACGACACCUGCCCCAACACUUGACCCCUCCUCUCCUACUUCCUUGUUGCCGGCAUUGAGUUCUGCAGCCUCGGCCGCAAUUGCCAACAUAUCGAAUGGGACAAACAUCACUGGAUAUGUCAGCACCCAACGCGUUACUGUUAUAGCGACUGUCACGGCUAGCAGCAGUGGCAAGGCUCCUCGUGUCGCAGCUGAAGUGACUGGUUGGGCUUGGGGUAUGGGUGCCGUUUUAGCAGGUGCUGCUGCUGUUGUAGUCUGA